AUGGCCUCCAAAUGCAUAGAUGAUUGUGUAGUCAUCACAAGCCACAGCAAUGGCGUCCGGCCGCUUGUGACUUACGGUAAUGUUUACAAGUGGCCAAUGGCGGAGGCGGAGUUUGUACGAUCAAUCACCCAUUGCGGUAGCCAGCGUCGCACCAAGGUUGUUGACAGCAUAUCUUGUAGGCAAAUGUACCUUAGAAGCUACACUUUUACCACAAAAGAAAACGAAGAUGACGGUGGUGGUGAAGCCGUUGACCGGAGUUGUUUUGGAGGAGGAAGCCGUAUAAAGGCGACGAAGAAAGCUAUGAAGAAGAACAAAACGUCUAGGUCGUUUGUUUUCAGACUAGUAUGGAAAUGUUUGUCUUGUGCGUCCACAAGUAAGGUUACUAAUUUUGAUCAUUGA